GGAGCUCCGGCCGGGUUCCCUUACGUGGGCGCGGCCGCCCCGCCGCUCCUCCCACGCGCUCCCGCCUCCCGGCCCCUCGCCGGCCGGCCGCGCCCUGCGGGACCCGGACCUGGUGGGUGCCCGGCGGGGAUCCGCCGGUCCGCGCCGAGGUGCGUGAGGUCGCCCAGGUGAUUUUGGGAGGGCACAGAAGUCUUCUUUGAAGAGCUUUGUAUAGUUAUUGAAAGAUGGCAGAAGCAGUGUUGAUUGAUCUUUUCGGAAUGAAAUUGAACUCUCAGAAAAACUAUCAUCAAACGUUGCUGAAGACACUGAAUGCUAUUCGAUACCACCAUGCUGCCAAGGCCAAGUUCCUUUGCAUAAUGUGUUGCAGUAACAUCAGCUGUCAAAGGGAUGGUGACCAUGAUAAUUAUGAAUUAGAAACAAGCAAUGGAUUGUCAACUCUCUUGGGAGAAUUUGAGAAUGUUAGCAAUCCCAGCACAGCUGCCUCUUUGUAUACCAUUAAACAAAAAAUUGAUGAAAGAAAUCUGAGCAGCAUUAAGGUAAUUGUACCCACACACCGGAAGACAUUAAUGAAGGCUUUUAUUGACCUGCUCUUCACAGAUGUUUACAAUUUUGAGUUUGAAGAUUUACAGCUGACUUUGAGGGGAGGUCUGUUGAAACAGUCCACUGAAAUAAACAUGAUCACAGCUCAAGAACUAGAAGCAAUCCAGAAUGAAAUAGAAACGCAUUUGAGAAGUCUGCCAGCACUGAAUGGAGAAUUAACCAUUAUCACAUCUCCUUUGAUCCCAGAUAUUUUCAUACAUGGAUUUACUACAAGAACAGGCGGGAUAUCUUACAUUCCAACUCUCAGCUCAUUGAAUCUCUUCAGUAGUUCCAAACGGAGAGAUCCCAAGAUAGUUGUUCAAGAAAAUCUGCGUAGAUUGGGGAGUGCCGCAGGAUUUAAUGCAAAGAAAUUUUACCGAAUAAAGACUGAUCAUGCCAAUGACGUUUGGGUGAUGGGAAGGACAGAGCCUGAAUCUUACGAUGGAAUCACCACCAAUGAGAGAGGAGUCACAAUAGCAGCUCUUGGUGCUGACUGCAUACCAAUAGUUUUUGCAGAUCCUGUCAAAAAAGCAUGCGGUGUUGCUCACUCUGGUUGGCGAGGCACUUUGUUAGGUAUUGCUAUGGCUACAGUGAAUGCUAUGGUAGCAGAAUAUGGCUGCAGUGUGGAGGAUAUUAUUGUGGCCCUGGGACCUUCAGUGGGACCUUGCUGUUUCACGCUUCCAAGGGAAUCAGCAAAGGCGUUUCAUAAUCUUGAUCCUGAAUGUGUACGGUUGCUUGACUCCCCAGAUCCCUAUGUUGACAUUCGUAAAGCCACCAGGAUUCUUCUAGAACGGGGAGGAAUUCCACCACAGAAUAUUGAGAACCAGAAGCAAGAUCUCAACCUCUGUACAUCCUGCAAUCCUGACAAGUUCUUCUCCCAUGUCCGAGAUGGCCUUAAUUUUGGUACACAGAUUGGCUUCAUAUCAAUUAGAGAAUGAGAUACUUGAUUGGAUUUUUAUGUAACUGUUUCCUGCCUCCUUCCAAACUGACUUCAAGAGAGAAAUUGAGCUGUUUGGUUUACUAAUACCAAAAGGAUUACAAUGGUUAAUUAAUCUUUAGGGUAAAUUUUCACUAUUAUCUAAAGCCAAAUGAUUUUCAUUUGAUUCCAACAAUAACUGGCAAAAACGUCAGUAUGAUGUGGCUUAUACAUUUUAUACAGGUGAGGGUUCCUCUUAAAGUUUGUUCCCUGUAUUUGCUACAUGAAUCAGGAAUAAGUCUGUUCAGUAUUUAUCGGGAAUCUUCUGUUUGUCAGUCCUUGUGAAAAGCAAAAUGGUAAGACUUUUCCCUAUGAGUCUAAUGCAGUGGAGGGGAUAAAGGCUUCUAGCACUUAAAUUUAAUUUUAAUAGCAGUAGAAGAGUACAGAAGAAGGAAGGAUUGAUUCUCUCUGGAAGGCAGGAUAGAGGAGCCAUUACAGAGAAAAUUGCAUCACAAGGGCCUGAAAGAUGUGUAGGCUUCAGACGAAUGAAAAACAACCAUAACAGGAUGAGGGAACAUCAUGAACUAGGGCAUGAAACUGAAAGUGUGUGCCAUGUUCUAGAGAAAGCAGGGUGUGGACAGGACUUACUGGAAAAACAGGUUGGAAACGGAUUAUUUAGGGUCUCCGAUGCCAUGUCAAAGAGUUUGGAGUUUAUUUUUCAGGCAAAGGGUAGGCAUAACCAGUAGCGGAGUGUUUUUAUUUCCUUGGCAUCAUAUUUAAUAGGAUGGACUUAAAAUGAGAGAGACCAAAGCAGAGAGACUAGUUCAGAGGCAAUCAAAUUACUGUAAAACAGAAAUAAUGAAGCCAGAAUGAAGGCAGUGGACAUUAAAAUGGAGAAGAGAGGUGAUGGCUUAGAGAGACAUUUCCGAGAUGGAAUCAGCAGAUCCUGUGCAUAGCUGUGCGGAUAGUGGUGAGGGAGAGUGGAGACAUCACUGAGGACUCCCAAGAUUUCCGCUUGGCUGACGACCCAGAGGGGCAGCAAAAGGCGGGAGAAGGAUAAUGAAUUUGACACGUAGACCAAACAGCACACAGGUGGAAAUGUUAAUAUGUGGUCAACAAUUAGAAAUAGAGACCUGGAACCUCGGAGGGAGCCGGGAAAAAGACACAGGUGUAGAAGCUGGGUCUGCAGAGAUGAUGCCUGAGUCGUUGGGCGUAGGCGGGAGCAUCGAAGCGGAAUCACACGGACAGAAAAGAGGAGGUCCAAGGGUGAAACCUCAUGCGACACCAGCAUUGGAAGAACAAGAAGCGGAACCAGUAAAAAAGAGGAAUCACAGAAGUAAGAAAAAAAUAUAGUCGUUUUGAAGAAAGAAGCCAGUGUAUGGGAGAGGUACUCGAAAGACACCUUCGGAGGUAAGAGGGGGACUGAGAGGAAUCAAUGGAUGGACCGUACUGAAGCCGUUCUCCAGGAAGCGGUGGACCGUCAGAUUGCUGUGUGCUGAGGAACGGGAUGCAGAGGCGCCCUUCACAGUGUGUGUGAGAGAAAAGAAAUGGCUGCGGGCUGUGUCUUGAAGGAAGGGGCGUUUGUUGUGGGGAAUGACCAUAUUUGGAGGCUGAAGCGAGGAGUUAAGCUGUUCUUCAUUUGGGAAAGGCAUAUAAUAUAUAUGUUAAUGUGAGUUGUCACAGCACAUCUUAAGAGAUUUAUACACAUUUUUCUUACAUGAAUAUGCAGUAGAAUAACAGAAAAUUACAUUUGUUGGAUAUUUACAAAGUACUUUCACAGACAUUACCUCAAUUGACCUUUACAACUACUCUGAAAUACGUAGUUCGGCUGUUACCCUUUUCCUUCAGAUGAGAAAAUGGAGCCUGGUUGAAGUGGAGCUUAAAGUCACAUAAUUUGUGAUAAAGUAGAUUUGAACCCACAUCUUGUGACUGCAGAUCUCAUUGCAGAUUUUACGGUUAAUCAAAGAUACUGAAAUUAAAAUUUUAUUUUCAAUCAUUUUUUUAGGUUUUUUAAAAUCUUUUUUUAAUACCAUCUAUUCAUUCAGUUAAAAUUUUGUUGAAGUAUUAGGUCAAGUUAAAAAGCUACAGUCCUAGCUCUCAAGAUGUUUAAUAUCCAGGGGAAGGGGGCAGUCAAUAAACCAACAAUUUCAAUACUUGAUAUGUGUCAUAAGGUUGACACAACCUGAUAACCUUGUUUAAUUUAGUUCUAUGCAAUUCAUAUAGCUCAGUGUGAAAUUUAAG